AUGAUCGAGUUAGUUAAUCCGGAUCCUUUUCAGGAAGCUUGCAACUUGGGUAACGCUAAUCACGUGGUGAUAACCAGUCAGGUGCCAGCGGAGACGACGACCGCGGAUACGAGCAACACGGCAGUUAUUCAGAUGAACAAUUGUAUGCCUCCUGUGUCUAUGGUACAAAUUCAGACUCAAAAUACAAAUAGCGUCGGUAUGUUUGAAGCGAAAACGAGUAAUCAAACGACGAUGAUGACGACAUUAACUAAGGCGAAAGCUUCGGCGCAACUUUCAAGCAAGGAGUGCGACGUAUGCGGAAAAACGUUCAUGAAGCCAUAUCAACUGGAACGACACAAACGCAUUCAUACAGGGGAAAAACCGUUUAAGUGCGAGCAGUGCGGCAAGUCGUUUGCGCAAAAAUUUACGCUGCAUCUGCAUCAGCAGCACCACACCGGUGACCGGCCAUACUCUUGUCCGCACUGCAAGCGCCUUUUCACGCAGAAAUGCAACUUACAGACACAUCUAAAACGCUUCCAUCAGACGGUCAUGCUCGAUGUUAAAAAGCUGAAGAGUGGCCAGCAGAUGUUGGGUACGCUUCUACAAGACAAUCAAAGCGGCACUACUAAGCUGCUAAACCUCGACGACAUACUGGUGGUAGAUUUUCUCAAGUAA